AUGGUCAAAGCAAUCCGAGGCUCGCUCGUCAAGUGCGACGCGUCCAUCAAAGCCAUGUUAGUCGACAUUGACAGCAAGAACAACAACGAGUUCAUCAUCGAGGAGCUGGAUGAGGAGCACAUUCUCGUGAAAGAGACCAAGAUCAACGAGCUCAAGGCGCGCUUGAACGAGGUAAGCAUGGCCGUGACGCCAUCAAGUUCACUGGCUAACUUCACGCAGAUGAUGCGACAGCGAUUGAAGGAGCCCGAAAGCUCGGAUUCAGAAUAA